ACCUAAUCAACCACGAACAGCCACAUCCCCCUCUUGCAUCCACCGGUCGAAACAAAGACAUAAUGCCUGCCAUAGCUGCGAACGACAUCCCGCAGUGGCGGAACGAGAUUCUCGAGCAAUAUCUUGCUAGCGUACAGAAGGAGCACAUCGAUGACCACGAUAGUGACGAGGCCAUGUCCACCGACUCCGAAUUCGAAUCUGAGGGCGACUCGGUCUCCAUCGCUCCCAGCUCGAGCCUCUCCACCGCGUUUUCAUCCAUCACGCUCUUUGACGCCGUGCAGCCUGACGACAUCGAUUCCGACGACUCCGCGUUCAGCAGCGAGGACGAAUUUGCAGAAGUCGCGACGCGCGAGCAGCAGCGCGUCCGCCGCCUCCUCGUCCUCGGCCGCGCCGCGCCCUCCCUUCUACUCCUACGCCCGCGGCAGCUCACGGACAUGAACCAGGCGUACAUGAAGCAGCUCAACGAUGCAGACGCAGAACUCGCAGAGCUAAAGGGCGUCGAGCCACAGCUCGUCGCGCAGCGCCCGAACGUGAUGGAAUACCUGCAGCCUGUGGAUUUGCAUGGUCCCGACGUAGCCGCCAUCGUGCACGAGUUACGCCAGCGGUCAGAGAAGGAGAUUGCGGAACUAGAGAAAGAGGAUAAGAAGUCAAGCGGAUCCGCAAGGAGCAAGAGAGUAACGAGAACGAGAAUUGACCGCUACAUACUAGUCGUUGUUAUGUGGCACUUACUGUCAAACGUUGCAUAGAGCUCAUACAUAGCUUACCGUUACUUGCGUUGUGCAAUUUCAU